AUUAUUUAAUAAAUAAAAACUUCAAAAGCAGCAGAAAAAAUAUACUUCGUUCCUUGAACACAUCGCACAUCGUUCUCGUGAAUUUAAUCUUUGAAAUUGUAUCUAAUAAACUCGGACUAAAAUUGAAUAUUUUGAAAUAUGCAAGGAUUAGGUAUCCAAAGCAUUAAGAAAAAUCCAGCCCUAAUCCCUCUAUAUGUGUGUGUGGCUGCUGGGGCAGUAGGAGCUGUUUAUUACAUGGCUCGUUUGGCUACUAGGAAUCCAGACGUAACAUGGAAUCGUAGUACAAAUCCCGAACCCUGGCAAGAAUAUAAGAACAAGCAAUAUAAGUUCUAUUCUCCAAUCAGGGAUUAUAGUAAAACCAAGUCUCCUGCUCCAAACUACGAGGAUUAAAGAUUUGUUUUCUUAAAAUUGCAAUAAACAUGUUAUAAGCGCCAUUGCACAGGCAAACGUA